AUGGAAGGUCUCUUGUACAAGUGGACCAACUACAUAAAUGGUAGGAUUUAUAUCGCAUCCAUUUAGCGGUAUCCUAUAGGUUGGCAACCACGUUACUUCUCUCUGCGGGAUGGAGUUCUUUCUUACUAUAACUCUGAGGUGGAAGUUGGCCUGGGAUGCAAGGGCGCCUUGAAAGUGGCCGCCUGCGAAGUGAUAGGUGAGGAUAUUUGCCUAGAUCACCCCGAGCCCUCACAGUUAGUCCGUCAGAUUCUUGCCGGCUGGAUAUCCUCGAUCCGGGUGCACAGCGCUUCUACCUGAGAGCUCGGACCCCUCUGGAGCGACAAAAGUGGAUCAUUGCUCUAGGCAGCUGUAAAGCCGGUUGUUCUUCUCCCGACCACCCGAUUACUCCGCAACUACGUAAGUAAGAAGAGCGUGUUAAUUUCUCUAGUUACUUCUGCUGUAAAGAUUUGCAUUCCCCACUUUUUUAUCUGCAUCCUUUAUUGAAAUCAUAUUUUAUCAAUUGUGCUGGGAAUCCCUUAAUGUAAGCAUAGCCGCAUCUCACAUAUAUUUCCGCCUGAGUUGACUAUAUUUCUAAUCGUUUAGACAUUUCGAUUAAAUAAGCAAUUUCAUGGUUCAUUGUCUGCAGACGAACGUUUGCCGCGUUCAUUUUGUAAAACAAGCACUAAAGUCACUGUUACCGUUAUAAAUGAAAUAGUUUUAGUUGAUUUCUUGUUUUGUAAUAAAUACUUACUAAUGUAACUCAUUUGCAUUAUUUAUAAAGUACAGGUUCGCAAUUGAGAGCCUGAGCAGAACGUAAAACCGUCAUUAGUGCUCGAUGUAUACUCGUUAUACUUCUACUUUUAUCACGAAUGUUCACCGGCCUGGCAUUCAGGAAUAACUGCAUUUUCUAACAUGUUUACCUGCGGUUUCGCAUUAUUUUGGUUCUCAUUUCAUUACAAACACUGGUUGCAUACUAAUCCAUGGGAUAUAAAUACAUCUUUAAUCGAGUGUUCAGCAGCUGCGUUCCCCAUUGGCUUCUGUCUUCUUAUUGCGUGCCGAAAGCUGCUCCUUUGUGUCUUGUCACUUAAAUGAAUUAAUCGUAAUGACGGGAAUAGUGGGCGUUUAAACGACAUCUUUUUCUCACGUUUGUGAAAAGGCAUUGCGGAUGUUACAAUCAAAUAUUUGUUUUAAUGAUAAUGACACUUCUUGUUUUUUCUUUUUUUACCGUGCAGUCAUUCAAACAGGUUGUCACAAGUAUUAUGAUUUUGUGCUAAACGCGCGGUAAUUUCCUUUACAAACAGUUGUUUGCAGUUUCUGUUUGCGUCAAUAACACUUUGCUACGAGUAAAUUGUCCCCGAUGCCAGACCAAAAACCACUUUCACAUCGAUUUUUGACUUUUCGAUCUUCGCUACAGAUAAAACAUAUCGAAAACUUUCAUUUUGGCCCAACUGUGAAAAACUCGGUUGCCUCGGCAGGAUUCAAACCUACGACAGCAAGAGGAUGCUUUAGUACAGCCAACAUUCUAGCCAUCUGAGUUUUUCAGUUAGGUCAAAGUGAAUUAUUUGAAAUCUGCCAUAACACCUAUGAAUUACGUGAACCUGGUUGUCAUCUGGUGAAUUCUUGGUAUAUUACUUAGAAGAUCCUUCUUAAGCAGUCAGCUUACGAUAUUAGAUUUGGUGGUAACAGGCAUUGCACUAAGUUUGGCGAGUAAACUUGACCAAAAGUGUGAUUAAACUCGCGUCGUCCGGUGACGCCUCGAAGAUCAGAUGGUUAGGGCUUUGUUGUAUGAAAGCCUCUUCUUACUGUCGUGGAUUCGAAUCCCACCAAGGCACCAAAAGUUUCGCAGCUGGCUAAAAGUGAAUUAUUUGAAACCUGCCAUAACACCCAUGAAUAUCAAAAUUUGUUGAUCACUGGGGUGUCGGCAAUAUCUGAAAUUGAUGACCAGGGUCCAUGCGCAGGGCAUCUUUGCUAUUUUUUGAUUCCCAUCUGUAUUCUUCACUAUCAACCCUCGGCCGUUCACUUAUACUGUUUUAUCUUCCAAAAGGCAGUCAAUAAUCGAGGUUUGUGCCGUGUACCUGGUAUAUAGAGACAUAUAUUUGCGUCUCCGGAUCGUGUUGUUCAUUUGAAUCGUAUGAGUUUACAGACAGUCGGUUAGACAAGUCAACAGCUAACUUAGGCAUGAGCUUUUGAUCAAAACCUAUGACUCAAAACUUUUCUUGUGAAUUUUGAAUACAGACGUGUCAAAGGUUGCUCCAAAGCUUUCGCUCGAUGGAGCCCAUCCACUAGACAAUGGUGUCAAAUGAACUUAUUUUACUGUCGGUUUACAGCGCUUAUGUCACAAUGCCAUUGUCGCAUUUCCAAGUGACUUAUAGGUUGUUUAAUGUACAAAACGUUAUUCCCGGUCCUGCGCAUGGUCGCACACCAGUGAGGAAACCAAGGAAGCCGCACUAUGGACUUUUAAAUACAAAGUAGCCCUUCACGCGCAUCUUUGUAUGGGUGACACUGAACACUCAUUAUGUGAGAGAUAUUCUAGGAACCGUUUACUUUCAAUGUGAUGUUUUGGCAGUAUGCUUAUUUAAGGUCACAGAGGGGCAAACAUAAAUUUUGUCCAGGUGGCCGUGCAGCAUUUCUCUGUUUCGUCCGAAAGAUGCGCAUUUGCUUCUGACAGUCACUAGAUAAAAUAAUAUUUGCUUUUCCAGAUUCCUUGCCAUUGAAAUUUUUCACACAACCAAUCCGACACAAUACUGCUGCCCAAAUUAUUUAGCUUUCAUGUUGCUUGCUUGAGGUAAUUGUCUUGCACGCAAAUCGUCUACUAAUUUUACGAUAGGAUUGUUCGCUCACCCACAACACUGGGCUUGAUUUGCAUAACGAUAUUAUGCAAUGUUGCAGCAGAUCUCCGACCAUCAGUCGACUUUUUGAUAUAGCAGAUUCAUUUGCACUACGAAUUUCCUCCGUCGCAAGCAGUUAGGCUGUCAUUUCUAAUGCCAGGCACUCAGUGGGAGUAAGCUUACCUAAAUAAACCUGGGUGGUGUUAUGAACGCAAUAUUUAGGUUAUGACAGGUUUAAAGCUUUCGGAAGUGUUAUGUGCAUUGAAUUUUGGGACGAAUUAAAUUAAGCAGCUACACGCAGGAGCGAGUUAAACGUUCACAUCCUACUGUUGGUGCUUAGUUUUGGGAUUGGAAAAUGAAACCAGCUAUGGUAUUUAAACCUCGAUUUCUGCAGGCGAUGCUAAAGUUCUUAAAUGAAAUUCGUAGUCAACAUCCAUCAAAAAGUGCAAUGACCUCCCGGUAUCAUAUUCCGUGCUGAGAUUUUCCCUCGGCUGGGAAAGCCGUCACAUGGGUAGGGGGUAGGCGAGCAAUUAUCCCAGUGACAGUGAGCCAAUUCGCUGAUCUAUCGCCACGUCAGCAUCCAGCGUGAAUGACCAAAUCACGGCUAUGAACGACUCGCACGCGGACUGACAAACCACCAUCGCAUUAAUUAUGACCCCAGCGGUGAUUACGAGAGCUGUUAAUUACAGUGCGCAUAUGAUCCCACGGCAGCCAUGGGCUAUAAAUACUGCACACCUUAUGCCACCAUUACCUUUAUCUGCGGCUGUCUUUGAGGAUGGAUUCGAUUGAGAGUCCGAAACGUCAGACCAAUAAAUUUCCUGUUCCAGUUAUCACAUCUUCGUCUUCUGAGACUUAAUUUUAAAGAGGGGCUUGAUACUUACCGUGCACCACAUACGUAAUGGCCUCCAUUUAUUGGGAAGCUAAAAAAGUUAUUCACGAUCAAUAAAACUGCUAGUUGUUUCGACAUUGUGUUUAGCCAAAUAUGUAAUAGUAAGUUGUGACGGCAAGAAUAUCAUCUUUGUAUCUUUCCAUAUUGCAAAACACUACAAUGCCAAAUGCAUUUAGGAAACUAAAUAACAUUUAAAAAUAGCAAAUAGAACACACUAUCUGUCUGCCUGCUCCUCUUUUUGCCAGGCUCUGUAGAAACCUCGGCGUGUGGCCUCGAUACCGUAUUCCGGGAUGAAUUAUGUUGCCAUAUUUAUUGUUGAUUCUAUCGAUUGAAUCACGCCACAUGUCUUAUCUCGUUAUAAAAAUGUGGUUGUCAGGGGACAACACAAUUGACCAUGUGUUGCAGUGAUUUUUCUGACCAUGAUCCACACUAAACAAGAAUUACCCUUGUCAGUCUAAACAAUGAUGGUCCUCUUUAUCUGCGACUGCUGUGGUCUUUAAUGGUCAGUAUUCUACAAAGAGUUCUUGAUUAGGCGAUAGGGAAUCUCAGUUUUUCUAAAUCUAACCGCUAGCUUAUACCACUAGAAGGUUAGAAUUACAUCGACGGGUUGACAUAUCCGUUGACCCUCUCCCAUAGCAAUCUGCCAGAGCGUAUUUCGGGCAGCGGCAGGUGUGAUGGAAUAAAAACACCAGUUGCUUUACACACCUCCACUGCUGCCAAAAACUGUUUUAUACCGUUACGUCGGUCCUAUGUCUAUGACUUAAUUUCCGUGGGCAGCUGUGUCUGCCCUGUAGGCCUGGCCGGUCCCAUGAGUGUUAUAAAGUGUGCACUAUGUAAACUGCCAUGAAGAUCAGGUUGUACUUAAAUAACUGAACCAUCUUGUUGAGCAAGACCGUAAACAUAAAUCAAACAGUCGGAAACUAGUGUCCGAUAACCGGAUUGCUGACGCAACUUGCUGGAUAUCCUCUUCUUCUGGGUAUACAGACCAAGCUAUUUUCCGAUCUGAGACCGGAAAAGUAACCUUUAAAGCUUAGAGUACUCACAAAAAAUGACUCCCUGUCGUACACCUACACUAUUUUUCACCUCUUGCUCUUGUGAAAUGUUCGUUUUUUAAGAUGGCAGCCUAUAUCAGGCAUUUAAGGUAUUUUUGGAGACAACCCACUCUCGGCCCUUUAUCCUAGCUAAAUUUCUACGCUGUCGGGAUUGUGCGCCUUCCCCUUCAAUGUCUGCUCUUAUGCCAGACCUGUGCGUCUUCUGUUGGCAAAGUCAACUUGGGCUUAUUGACCUUGCAUUUUACUACUCAUUUCUCCGGCUGACAAGUGAACAUGCUUAAAUGCUCCAACUUUAAGUUCUCUGCAGGGCGCAAUGCUAGCGCACUUAAAGCAAAGUCGAAAGCUACUAUGAACAAAGUCGCCGCGUAGUCGGCUGCACAGUCCUCCAGGUGGUUGGUGGUGAUUAUCACCAGGAGCGGAUGAGUACGCUUUGAUGUGCGCCGAGUGCUCAGCGAAAAUGUUUGUUUCCUCGGAAAAGCCUCGGUUUAGAAAGCACGUUCCAGAUCGACUCAGAUGCAACUUCAAUGUACUGAGAAAGCAGGACUGGAAGGAACCGACCAGAAUGGCGAUAAGUUGACGUUUGACGGAGAGUACGGUUGAGGUCUAGUACGCUCGAAAGCUGUUUGAUCAUGACACUCUUAGCACACCAAUUGGCUGAGGGCAGUAGAACGACAGUACCGACGAAGAAGAGCAGUCAUAUGGACCUGCAUAGAUUGAAAAAUUUGCUGCACAUGAAGUGGAGGCCGAGAAAAUUAUGUGCAACACCGAUGCUGCAGUCUCGCGUUACUAAUUAUACGGAUUUAGCGUGCGCGUUCAUUGCAUUAGACAUGGAAAAAAGUUGACUGACAUAGUUCCUAGCUUGACAUGGUAAAAAAUCGACGCGGUCGACUUGAUAUGGUUUGUUCCUAGUUUGCUUGACAUCGUCAGGCAGCCACAGAACAUUCCAAGGUUAGGAGGACCUAAUAUUUGAAUUCAUGGUUUGUAAGUCAUGCGACUGAAAGACAAAAAGGAGUCCCGGUAUACCGUACUAUAACCGGAUAAGAUUGAGUGGCGUUGCUCAAUUCGAAUUAACUUAUUCUUCUUGAGUAGAAUUGAGACAGCAUUAUGAUCGGGUUUUGCUCUUGACAUUAGCCGUCGAGACGGACAUUUAAAAGGGCAGUACUAGGCCUUGAAAUGCUGUCCUUGACCUUAGGGCUCUGUCUGAAGACGCUUCCUUCGAAGGAUAACGAAAAAACGCGGAGAUCCAUAGAUUUUUGACCGGUUGACUUGCUUACAUUAAUCUGCUCGUCAGUGCAGCUCCACUUGAUUAUGGAUGCGGGAGCAACUUUUCACCCGUGAUUGGCAUUUUCUUUCAUGAAAUAUAUUUCCAGAACGCAUUUCCUUCCUGUCAAGGCACAUUCUUGUUUGUUCUCCGGUUUGGGGAUUUAAACGCGACAAACAUUACCGUUAAUCCACAUGGACGCGUUUAUAGGCCAUGAAUGUAUAUUCGGCGCUUGUUGACGCAGGCCUCAAGACCAGGACCCCAUCGCGCAGCGCAGCUGUAUUCUUCUCUUUAUUUUUGCGCUGCGAUUAGCCAAUUAACGAAGGGCAUUUGAAGCCAUUUUUGACAUCGAUUAAAUUGCCAGAGCGCAGAGCCGAAUGUUCUUAAAUCCCUUUAGUAUUCGCUGCAUUUUUGGUCAGUUCAGAAACAGAUUGCCUUUACGUAGGCAGUUGGACCGUCGGUGCUAUUUAAGAUAUUUCAGCGAGAUCAUGUUACGAUCCCUGUAGCUCAGCGUUUAGCAAAGUUAUUCCGCGUCUCACUCAGCAGAGUAAAUAUUUAUCACGCAGAUACUGGGACAAACGUCCUCUCUUCCCUCAGUUAAGCGCCUCCGCCGUCCCGGGUGGCGGCCUGCAUGCGUGCAGCAGUCUGUCAGCUAGAAAGGCUCGCCCAUGCACGAGUCUAGCAGCCAGCGGUGGUAUAUUCACCAUCAGUCAGGGGUUGCUUUCAAAAAGUAAUGAUAUUCUUCUAUCACUGGACGCAGUUUGUCAUACAGGCAAAAAAGGGCGGUGGUAGCGUGAUUUGUCUCCUCAGAGCAAUUCCACCACGAGCUCGUGAACGAGGGGAAAUAUUUGAAAAGAAGCGGUCGGACUAAAGAUUGCUGGUCUCGCCAGGCCCCGAAAUGGGUCGUUUUUGUGCCUCCUUCACUCCUUGCGUGGGCCUCACAAUCCCUGUUUUUGGGUCAUGCUAUUGCGCCACCUCUCUCUCUUACUCUCUUUUCCCCGUCCAUAUAUCUUUCGCAGUUGCGUUUGCUCCUUGUGCGUGUGUCGGCCUGUCAAACGUUCUUGUGCUCUAGACUUGCGUCGGCUUCGUCUCCUCUAUGGUAGAGGGCGCUCACCGACCGUUCUUACGGAACUCACUCGUUCCUUUGUGCCUUACAGGCUCUCCCUCGAGCCCAACCAGCAGCCGCACAGCGGCGCAUGA